GUAUAAAAUUAAACUACAACAGAAACCUUUAUAUUUAGUCUUUAUGAAAUGGAAUGUAUAAUUAAUGUAUGGGGUCAUAUGUAACUCAUUCCCUGCUAUCUGUUAUAUGUAGAGCCAUUUUGAAAUACGCGCUCCUUAUGCAAUACGACCAGAAGCCCAAAGCCUGCGUAGUUAGCGGCCUUUUGAGCGUUCGUUACAGAAAUAAACAAAGGGGGAGUUGCUUCCUCGCUUUCUAAUUGCCAAUUUUUUUCGUUCUGAGCCUGUCACGGCUUCGACGCUCGAUCAACUCUAUAAAGCAUGAAAAAAAAAAAAACCGCUAGCUACGUAGGUAUAUACAAGGUUACAGUACUGCCACUUAGAUUCACAGCUGCUUUAUCCAAGGCCAUAACUCUGUUCCCCGCAAGACUGGCCAGUUUAAUUUCUUUAAAUAUACUUAACGUCAAUUAGCCCAAGCCUCUUCCGUAAACAUGUUGUAAUUGUACUUCAGAACUUAAGAAGAAAAGAAAGAUAAAUAAACAUACGUUGCAGUAUUUUCCCUUUAGUUGCAGCAUUGACACUCUUGAGUUUCUUCAUCUUUCUUACUCAUUCUUAAAGUUAGCCAUAUCGUACUCUGUGAACCGUGAAUUGUGACGCAAUAUUUGGCUUAGCAACCAAGCCUCACAGAGUUUGGUGCGAACGCCAUCUUGGAAGAGCUCGAGCGAAUCUUUAACAUCAUUUUUCUUCUGUUUCGACCAAGUUACGGCUAAAAUGGUUUUUACUUAUUUGAGAAAACACCCCGAGUUGAUUCCGCUCUUUGCUGUGGUUGGUGCUGGUUGUGUGGGAGCUGGUUAUUAUUUAAUGCGACUGGCCACUAAAAACCCAGAUGCUACCUGGGACAGGAAGAACAAUCCAUAUCCUUGGCAAAAGAUAAAGCAUGAUCAAUGCUUGAAGUUUUACACCCAUACUGAUUACAGCAAGCUGGAGAAUAAGCGACCAAACAUCGAUUAAAGAAUAAGUGGUGUCCAUUGAAAGCACUAGUAACACUGCUUGUGAUUUGUCUACUUGUAAAUGUGGAUACUUGAUAAACAUUUCUGUAUUUUUUGCAUUGAUGCAUGGUAAUUAUUUGAAUAAAAUGGCUUCUUCCUUUAUUGAGUA